UUGUAGAUGGUGCGAGAUUCAUUCGAUGGUGGACAUACCGGCGAUCCAGAACGUGAUCUUGCCUACGAAAGAGAACAUGUGCGACGAGAUACGAUGAGUGAUGAAGUGGUGCCGGACGAUGUCGCCCAAUAUCUAAUUUAUUUCAAGCGGAUGAUUGAUGAAGAAAAUGUUGUUGAAAUACAUAAUCUUUAUGAACAUGGCUUCCCGGAUCUUACUGAGCGUUAUUUUCAGCAACGUCUCUGGCCAAAUGAAGAAGCGGUAGAAAAUAUUGUUGGCUCGGACAGCCGAAUCUUCAUUAUUCUUUACAAGGAAUUAUACUUUCGUCACGUUUACACCCGGAUGCAACGUGGACCAUCUUUGGCUCAUCGUUUUGAUUCAUAUCAAAAUUACCAGGAAUUAUUUUGUGAAGUAUUGACACCCGAGAAACAGCCAUUGUCACUUCAAUUACCAAAUGUCUGGCUUUGGGAUAUUAUCGACGAAUUUGUUUACCAGUUUCAAGCUUUCUGUCUAUACAAAGCAAAUCCUGGAAAAAGAAGUCCAGAAGAAUACGAAGACCUCCUUUCGAUUGAGCAGAAUCAGAGUGCCUGGAACAUUUAUCCGGUAUUGAAUAUUCUGUACUCUUUGUUGGCAAAAUCGCAGAUCGACGAACAGUUGUUGGCUAUACGGGAAGGAAGAAACCCAGAUGAUGUCGCAGAUGAUUUUGGCCGUUCUGCUUUAUAUUUUAAGCUGGGUUAUUUCUCCUUAAUUGGGUUGCUUCGUACACAUGUGUUGCUUGGAGAUUACCAUCAAGCACUGAAAACUGUCGAAAAUCUUGAGCUUGAUCCAAAGGGCUUAUACAAUACUGUACCCUCAUGUCUGGUUACAUUUCAUUACUUUGUUGGCUUCUCCCAUAUGAUGAUGCGAAAUUAUGGUGAAGCUACGAAGAUAUUUGUAAACUGCUUGCUUUACAUACAACGAACUAAAAGUGUUCAACAGCAAAAUCAGCAACAGAAGAAGAACUUUCAGUAUGAUGUAAUUGGAAAAACGAACGAACAGUUGUACCAUUUGUUGGCUAUUUGUUUGACGCUACAACCUCAACGCAUUGAUGAUUCCAUCCAGUCGCAACUAUAUGAAAGGACUGGUGAGCGUAUGAAUCACAUGAGUAAUGGUAACAUCGAUGAGUUCCGCCUUGCUUUCCAACAAGGAUGCCCGAAGUUCUUGUCCCCAACCACAGUAGUUUACGAAGGUCCAAAUCAGGCAAAGGAACCACUGCUCCGCCAGUGUAAUGCUUUUCUAGAAGAAAUUGAAUCACAGAUUAUGUUGCCUAUUCUGCGAGGUUAUUUAAAAUUAUAUACAACUUUGCCAACGAGGAAGCUUGCAAGCUUCAUGGAUGUCAGCGAUGCAGAUUAUGACUCAUUUGUUGGGAAAUUGUUGAGUUUCAAGAUGAUCGUCAACGAGCUGGGCAAAGAAUGUAUGGAUCGUUGUGAAAUCGAUGACUCAACGACAGAUCUUGAUUUCUAUGUUGACAAAGAUAUGAUCAUUAUUGCGGACACAAAAGUUGCUCGCCGAAUUGGAGAAUAUUUCAUCAAACAAAUACAGAAGUUGCAAGAGGUGAACCGGAAGUUGAAAGAACUACCAGUUAUUCCGGCGGCUUCAAGUUAAUUUUUCAUAUUGUCAGAUUAUUCUAAAUUUUCUUUGUUUGGAGUUCGAAAUAUCUUUUGUAUCUUUUAUUUCGAUGGUUAAUAAAUUUUACCUUUUGUGCCA